AUGUCGAUUGGGGCGAACGUAAUAAUGCAGGUUCAAAACGCGGCAUCCGCCAAAAUAAUUCGUUUUGUUCCGCAUUUUGUUUCACUUCGAUUGAGUUGGACACACAAUGAUUUGAAAGCUGAAGGUUUAGAACAAUUUGUUGAGGAAUUUUUGCCGGUUAUUCGCGAAAACAAUCCACAAGUCAAAUAUUUCAUGCAACGAAGUUAUACAACUUGUGAUCCAUUUGUUGUUGGAGAGUUAGUUUUUUCAAAAAAAUAUUUUGUUUAUAUUGAAAAUUGUUUAUAAAACCACCUUCGAUGUUUAUAUUUUAAAUUUCAUACAAUUUAAUUUUAGAUAUAAAUGGUUACGUCAUCGAAAGAAGCGAGUGAGUUGGAAAUCGAAAGAGCAAGUUUUGUCAAUGGUUGAGGAAAUGUCGAUUGGCGGAGAUUAUAGAGAAGGUUUGUAAAAGAAAAACAUCUGGGAAGAAUUAAUUUUCAUCGCCGGCUAAUAGUUGAAAAGAAUUGCCGAAAAAAAUAUGUGUGAGAAUUUCACAAGGGAACAUUUUUAUUUUGUUUUUGAUUUAUGAAAAUUUGGUUCACACACUUGAAAAUCUGUAAUUUGAAAAGAUAAAAAUUACACCGUAAUGGUUUGCCAUUUCACAAAAAGUUAUGACGUAGCAAAUCUUCUAUUUUUGUCAGAAAUUGGAUUUUUGGGUACUGUAGAUUUUUUUUAUACGAUUUUAAAAUUUUGCUCUUAGAUAUAUAUAAAUCAGUUUUCCAUGUCAUAACUUUUGUUAAUAGUAUUUGCUAAACAAAUUUUAACAGUGAUCGACCGGUCAAAAAUCAAUCAGAAAAUACAUGAAAUCUUUUAGUCCAAAAGUUUUAUCAAUAUCUUUUCAGGAUAUAAACGAGGUGUCAACAAACGUCUUCCACGUGGACAAGAAUUAUGGGACACAGAAACAAUGGGACAUGAUAUUUUCCAAGUUUAUAGCAAAUGGAAAGCUGACGAGACACCGAAAAACGAAGAAGAUUUACCAAUAACCGCAAAAACCCAUCCAAAUUUCACAUUCAGAAAAUAUUAG